CAAACUAAAUACUUUGUGGAGCGUUUCAUUCAUUAAACCGGUUGGUUCAUCAUCGUCGUAUCAAUUUUAUAUUUCUAGUUAAAAAGUUUAAUAUUUAACAGGAAUAAAAAUGGAAAAUGCAGAAGAAGUUCUUCAAAUAUUAGAAAGAUUUACAAAAUUAAAACAAAAGGAUAUACCGAAAGAAUUAGAUGAAUAUCUUGCUUAUGUUGCAAAAACUGGGGAUACCGUAUUCACUUGGGCCAAUAUAAAAUAUUUAUUUCGCGAAAAACUAAUACACGUAAUUAAAGACUUCCAUGAUUCUACAUCUAACGUAGAUGAUUUACCUCAAUAUCCUAAUGUUGAUCCUUUUAACUAUGAGACUAUGAAAACUGCACUUUUGGAGCGUUUGGAGCUUUUCAAUUCGGCCCCAUUUACAAUACAAAGAAUAUGUGAGCUUCUUACAAACCCUAAAAAACAAUAUAGUCGCAUAGACAAAUAUAUGAGGGCUUUAGAAAAAAAUAUUCUUGUGGUUAGCACCAUAGAGCCCGGCCGAAAACAGCCCGAAAGUGAAAAUGGUGACUCUCUAGACUCAGUAGUCAUUUCUUUAGAUGUUAACGUUGAUAUUGAAAUGGAAAACGAAAAUAUCUUCAACGUUGAAAAUUCCAAGCAAAAUGGGUCUAAUGGAACUACUACUGCAACAAUUAACAACAAAUCCGAAGCAGAGAAUAAUAAGACACAUGAUGACGUCGAAUUGCCUACAGCAAAAAAACUAAAGUUGGAAAUGAAAGAAGAAAAAGCUCUCCAGAAUGAGGUAAAUAAAGACGGUGACAAAAUAAAUGAUGAAAGUGUUACUGAAAAAGAUAGUGAUAAAACUGAAGAUGAUGUGAUUUCAUCAACAACAAAAGACGAUAAAAAAGAAAUGGAUCAAGAUAAAAACGAUGACCUUGAUGGUUCACCUAGAGAGAUCCAAGCUGUGAAAUCUUGCGAAAAAACUGAAUCUGAGUCUAUUGAAACCAACUCAAAAGACAACCAGAAAGAGGAAAGCAAGGAAGAAAACAUUAACGAAGAAAACGGGGACGAAGGUAUAGAAAAAGAGGAUUUGGGCGAUACCAAAUCAUCUAAUAAUGAAAUAAAAAAGACUGAUGAGCCUACACAAGAAGAAGAAGAUAAAUUGUUAAAUGUAGAUGAUGAACCUACUGUUAAAACCACUGAUGUUGCACCAACAACAGAUGAAAACGUAUCCGAAAAGCAGGAGGAAAUUCCUUUGGAAGAUAGUAAACCAAAACCUCCUGAAGAAGCUUCACCCUCUCCUGAAACUAAAAACGAUGUAGAUAAGAAUGUAUCGGAUUCAAAAACUUGUGAACAAGACGAAGAAAAAAAAAUUGAAUUAUUUAGCACGGAUGAUGUGAUAGAUCCUUCUGAGGGAGACAAAAAAUCCUUGCAACCAUCGGAAUCUGAAGCAAAUAUUCAAGUUAAUGCAGAACAAAUUUUGGAAAAGAUAAACGAGGUCGAAGAAAAAAGUGAGACUAUUUCUAAUAAUGCUAAAGAGCAUAUAGUUGAAGAGCAUAAACAAAAGCAAACAGAAGAAAUGGCUGUAGAAGAAUCUAAUAUUCAAGAAACAACGGAUGCAGUUAAGAAAAUUGAAGAAGAAAUUCCAAGAACUGAAGUUUUAACAACUACUGAUACUCAAGAAAUUCCAGAACCAAUUCCAGAAAUUGAAUCUACCCCAAUUACGGACACACAAGUGACGGCUGAUCAACCUAUGGAAGAUCCUUCAAUUUCUGAUAACCCUGUCGAUAUUGAAACGACAGCAGCAGAGACAACUCCUUGUGUUGAAAUGCAAACAGCAGACUCAAAUGAAAUGGCAACUGAUGAUGUACCACCAGCUAAAAUUGAUGAUAAAUUAGAAAUAGCAGGCAUGGAUGUUGAUGAUGUUAGUCAAGGAGAAGCAAUGGAUCAGUAAUUUAAAAUAAAAAAAGAAAAGUAAAUUAAAUUUAAAUUUAGGACUCUUGUCACGACUUUUACUCAAAACAAGUAUAUUAGAAAUUUAAGAGAAGACCAUAAAAGUUAUUUUAAUAAAAUACAACACUACUACAAAAGCGAAGCUUUUUUUUACAAUGAACGUGAAAAUUAAAAUCGAAGGCACGAAACAUUUUUAUAAUUUUAUUAUUAGUCGUAUGAACUAUUAACUUAGUGUUCUUUUGUAUUGUAAUCGUAACUUUCUGUUUCCAUACUAAAAAUAAAAGUAUUAAAUCAUAAAAAGAAUCAAUGAAAACAUUAUCUCUUGUAAUCAUUCAAAUAUCAAUUUUAAAAUAAAAAUCACAAAAUGAUUUAC